CUUAAGCAACCAUGUCCAACUCCGGCGAGCCAGAGCUCCUGCACACAUUUAAGGGGAUUCCCUUUACCACCAGGUCUUCUCCAGAACUUUUAAAAUCCUUGGAUACUUUUGAUGCUAGAGAAGAUGAUGUCCUUUUGGUUUCCUAUCCCAAAUCUGGCACUCACUGGCUUGCAGGAGUUAUAACAAAGCUUUACAAUACUCAAGUCACAAUAACAUCUCCCAUUGAAUUUGGAGACAUUUCCCGACUGGAGGAGCUGAAUAAACUCUCAUCAAAGAGAAUCAUCCCAACACAUUUAGACUACAACAUGUUGCCUCCAAAUUUUAAGAAUAAGAAAUGCAAGAUGAUCUACAUUAGCAGAAAUCCAAAAGACACUGCAGUUUCCAUGUUUCAUUACUACAGAGAUAACCCAAACCUUCCUACUGUAGACACCUGGACUGCUUUCUUUGACCUGUUCUUAAAAGGCAAUGUUGUUUGUGGAUCCUGGUUUGAUCAUUUCCUAAGCUGGGAAGAACAUGAAGAUGAUAAAAACAUCCUCUUUUUGUUCUAUGAAGACAUGAAGAAGGAUCUCCCUAAGGUUGUAAAGAAAAUUACUUUGUUCCUGAGUUUAAGCAUCAGUGACAAUGACAUCCAAGACAUCUGCAAGAAGUCCUCAUUCUCAGAGAUGAAGAAUGACACAGAAAAGGAGAACAGUGAUCCCAGCCACACCGUGUGUGCUCUGACAUCGAACAGGAAACUGAUUUUCCGAAAAGGUGCUGUUGGUGAUUGGAAGAACUACUUCACUCCAAAGCAGAAUAUUAGGUUUCAGGAGAUAUUUAAUGAGAAAAUGAAACUCAGCAAGAUGGCAGACAGUUUUAUCUAUGAAUUCUGA